UGGCUGAGCUGUUUAAAGCCCCCUCCCUAAAGUAGAUUUUAAGUGGAUUUAAAGCGGAUCCAAGAUCUAGUGCGAUUCUCACUGUGCUCCUCCAGGGCUUUUGGACAUCAGCUUCUAGAAAUCUCAGCUGUUAGGAAUUGUGGGAGCUGAAGUCCAAAACAUCUGGAGGAACACAGUUUGAAAAACUCUGGUCCAAGACAUCCAAAUCCUGAGGAUGACAAAAUAAAGACAUCCAGUGGCAAUGGAAUCUUUGUCAGAAAUCAGUUCUGCCUUUAAAAAGAAAAACCCAACAAUCCCUUCCUGACAUACAAGUCCACACACACACACCUCAUGCAUAACCCAGUUCCUUUUAACCACACAUCAGCAUAUGACCAACCCGUUUUGACUCAGCUGAUUCACAGAGGCAGUGUUCUGCUCUGCAUACAGGUUGGCUUUUGCAUGGAUUCAGGUGGUGCCAGGAGCAAAAAACAGACCCAGCAGCAGAACCAUCUGAACUAAAGAAGCUGGAAGGAUCACAGAAGACAAGCCCACCCAAAGGAAGGACAGUGGAGACUGUCAACUGGGCGAGCUAUGAUUCGGAGAGAGAGUAAGCGGAAAUCACGGGCAGAGGCUCCCAUCAUGACCAAUACCGGGACCAUCCCAGGCACUGGCAAGAUCUACCAGAGGAAGAGCAGGCGGCGCAUGACUUGCCCUAACCCCAGGGAAAUAAAUCAGGCCAUAGCCUCCCUCACCUUGGGAGAACUGAACCGGUCCUGCACUUUGGAGGAGCUGAUUGAGAAAUGCCUUCGCUCUUUUGAUUUGGAUGGGAACCUGUGCAAGAGUGACUUCACGGUGAACAUGACAUUGACAGUCCACAGUUGGGUGGUCCCAUCUGCAGAACUUGCACGGCAUCUCCUGAAGUUAUACCAAAAAGCAUCCAAGGAGAAGAUGCAGGCACGCCAGCUGAGGAUCUGCCACUUCAUCCGGUAUUGGCUCAUUAAAUUUCCCGAAGCCUUCCAUCUGGAUCCGCAUUUGGAGGAGGCUAUGGCUGAGAUUUUGGAAGUGGUGAAGAAAGAAGGCCAUAAGGAAUGUUGCAAUCUGCUUGACACAUCCACUGUAGUGACCCAGACUUGGGACCAUACUCUCAGUUGCCAAAGCAGCCCUGGUUGUGGCAAGAAGCGGAAAGUUUCGCUGCUUUUUGAUCACCUUGAUGCAGAUGAGCUAGCCAGCCACCUCAGCUACCUGGAGUUCAAGGCCUUCUGUCACCUCUCGUACCUAGACUUCCGGAAUUACGUACUUUGUGGGUCAGUGCGGGGCAGUCCAGCGCUAGAGCGUGCCAUCGCCUUAUGCAACAGCAUCUCUCAGUGGGUGCAGGUCAUGGUCCUCAAUAGGCCCACACCUCAACAGCGAGCUGAAGUCUUCACCAAGUUCAUCCGUGUUACGCAGAAAUUAAGACAAUUGCAGAAUUUCAGCACCCUGAUGGCAAUCGUGGGAGGACUCUGCCACAGUGCCAUAGCUCGGCUCAAGGACACACAUGCGCUUCUCCCGACUGAAGUCACAAAGGCACUCUCUGAAAUGACAGAGUUGCUUUCGUCGAGUGGAAAUUACGGAUCGUACCGACGGGCGUAUGCCGACUGCACCGGCUUCAAGGUUCCCAUUGUGGGUGUCCACCUCAAGGACCUGGUCAUGUUGCAUGAAGCCAUGCCGGAUCGCGUGGAGGGUGGACAACUCAACCUGAGCAAGUUGCAGAGCCUGUUUGAGCCGGCAUGGGAACUCAGGAUGCUCCAGCAAAGCCAGCCGCCAUUGCAAGCCAAUAAGGAUCUGGUCCGCCUGCUCACUCUCUCCCUAGACCUCUACUAUACAGAUGAGGAGAUCUAUGCACUCUCGUACGCCCGUGAGCCCCGCUGCCGAAAGACAUUGCCACCUGCACAAUUCAAACAGCCUAUGGUGUUGGAAUGGGCGCCUAGAGUCACCCCCAAACCUGACCGUGUCACCAUCAAGAGGCAUGUCCAAGAAAUGGUUGAGACUGUAUUUAAGAAUUAUGAUCCUGAACAACGGGGUUACAUCUCUCAAGAGGAUUUUGAAACUAUCUCUACAAGUUUCCCCUUCUCCUUCUAUGGGCUUGAAAGAGACCGUGAAGGAGCCUGGAGCCGGGAAGAGUUGGCGGAGUACUUUAUGCGGGCCUGUGCCAUUGUCUCCAAACUUGGUCUUGGCUACCUGCAUGAUUUCCACGAAGCCACCUUCAAGAAGUUCACUUUCUGUGACAGCUGUAAUGGUUUUCUUUGGGGAGUCUCCAAGCAGGGAUACAGAUGUCGGGACUGUGGUAUGAUCUGUCACAAGCAGUGCAAAGAUCAGGUGGAAGUAGAAUGCCAGCGACGCCUCCACUCCUGCACCUCCAAUGGCAGCACGCCACGGGCUGCCACACCAGCAGCUACCUCGACGCAUCCCUCUUGUUCUGGGUCAGAGGAAGAGGCUUUUCUCUUCCCGCCAAGACGGGAACAGAGCAGGAGUCCCCUCACCAUGCCAGUGAGGGCCACUGGAAGCCACCAAAUGAAGCACGCCAGCACCCAAACAGGCAACAGCCCUGGGGUCGGGAGGCAAGAAGAGGCACCCCCAGCAGCAGAUGGCCAUAACAGGAGUCAAUGGCAGCUACUGGAAAAGUUGAAGGAGUUGGAAAGGGAAAGGGACAAACUCAUCCUGGCAAACCAGCAGCUCCAAAAAUGCAACUCACAGCUGGAAGCAGAGAACAGCCGGCUGCUGAAAGAGAGCGCAACCGGCCUUCCCUCCCUCGCCUGCUGGAAGGCCUGGGCAGCCUGCAACUACAGUCCUCCCAAGCCGAACUGAAUAAGAGGAGAGAUAAGAGCUCUAGGAGGGAAGGGAGCUUGGCUUGCAAUGUGAAAGACUCUGAGGGAGGAAGAAAACAGACUAUUUAUUGACUGGCAGAGCCUGGGUGCGGCAUUUUUAGCUUACUGGACCGUGGAGGCAGACGCUGUUCUCGAUCGAUGCAGCUGAGCCCACCUUCUCAAGCCACGUGGACUGUGUUUCUAUAUAGCUUGCUUAAGGCCCCUUGUUCAACUCAUGUCCUUACCAAUGGACUGUAAGGAUCAAUGAAAGAGUAUGUAAAGUGGAUUUCCACAGAAACAAAUCCCAGAUGGCUGAAGAUUGAUGACUUUAAUGUUUGGAAAGAGAGGACAGCCCCUGAAAGAUAUAAACACUGAAGGCUGAACAGAAGAGGUGAAAAGCAGCAAAUGCCUAUCAAAUGCCUUCUGGGUUAUUUAUAAAAUACAUUUUCGUAUUUAAAAGCAUGCAACAAAAAUUGGGGGUGGGGCUGGGAUUGGGGGGCUCCAGAACAGAUUAAUAGCAUUUCAGUGGGAAAAUUUGUUUGUGUGUGUGUGUUUUAUCUCUGUAAUUUAGUAAUUUAUUGUAUUUCUAUGUUCAUUUGUUUUUGAAUUUGUUUGUACCCCACCUCGAUCCAUCAGGAGAGGCAGGUAAUAAAUAAGAUGUAUUAUAUUGUCA